AUGAAAGAACACUUACUCAUUCUCCUUCUCUUUAACUUUGCUAGUUUCGCGGACGACAAUUCUUGUGAGGUAUUCACACUUUGCAACUCAUGCACAGAAAUGCCUGGCGACAGUUUUCGGCCAAUUGCGCGUGGGUGUGUGUGGUGUGAGAAGUCGUUUAAGUCAUUUUGUGCAGCCCCGGACUCGAAUAAUUGCACCAUCGCAAAUCGGAAGACGUUUGGGAAAUGUGGGUUCUCUUGGAUUCCAGUUGUCAUCAUCGUUUUGAUUUUUGGGUGCCUCUUUUUUGUGUAUGGGACAUUUAUCAUGAUCAUCAAACAAUGUGAGUAUAAUAAAUACAAGAAGGUGAACUCGAAGAAUGAUGUAGAGGCCCCUAAAGAGAUGGUAAUGAAUGUUGAGUUAUAG